CCCACUGAUUCCUUCACUCGGCCAUGCUCCCGCGGCCCCUAUGGCUGUUUUGGGACAUGAGCCCCCCCGGGGGAGUCGUGCUGAGCAGCUUCCGGAGUCGAGACCCCGAAGAGGGUGGGGGCACAGGUGGCCGGGGUGUGGGCGGGGGGCAGGAGGAGGAGGAGGAAGACGAUGAGGCCCCUGUGUCUGUCUGGGACGAGGAGGAGGAUGGUGUCACCUUUACUGUCACAAGUCACCAGUAUCGGCCUGUUGAUCCCUUGGCCCUGAGGCCUCCCCCGCGUUACUCCCAGAGGCUCCGAGCUGGCACUCUGGAGGCCCUGGUCCGACACCUGCUGGACGCCUGGACAUCAAGGACUGACGUGACCUUCACAGCAGCCUUCCUGGCUACUCACUGGGCCUUCACCUCCACGCCUGCCCUGCUAGGGCUUAUGGCUGACAGGCUGGAAGCCCUUGAAUCUCAUCCUACUGAUGAGCUAGAGAGGACAAAAGGGGUGGCCAUCUCUGUACUGUCAACCUGGCUAGCCUCUCACCCUGAAGAUUUUGGCUCUGAGGUCAAGGGUCAGAUUGACCGGCUUGAGAGCUUCUUGCUUCGGACAGGGUAUGCAGCAGGGGAGGGUGUUGGGGGGGGCAGCGCUGACCUCAUCCGCAACCUCCGGUCCUGGGUGGACCCCCAGACCCCCGAACUUCCUAAGCCCCUGGCCCUCCCCGGCGAUCCCCCUGCUGACCCCACGGAUGUCCUGGUGUUCCUUGCUGACCACUUGGCCAAACAGCUGACCCUGAUAGAUGCGGAGCUAUUUCUCAAUCUGGUCCCCUCUCAGUGCCUGGGGGGUCUGUGGGGUCACAGAGACCAGCCAGGACAUUCCCACCUCUGCCCAUCUGUCCGGGCUCCUGUCAUACAGUUUAACAAGGUGGCAGGGGCAGUGGUCAGCUCUGUCCUGGGGGCUACCUCAACCAUAGAGGGGCCUGAGGAGGUGACCAUACGGCCACUCUGUCCACCCCAGAGGGCCCGGAUGCUGGAGAAGUGGAUCCGUGUGGCAGAGGAGUGCCGUCUGCUCCGAAACUUCUCUUCAGUAUAUGCUGUGGUGUUGGCCCUGCAAUCCAGCCCCAUCCACAGGCUUCGGGCAGCCUGGGAGGAAGCAGCCAGGGACAGCCUCAGAGUCUUUUCCAGCCUCUGCCAGAUUUUCCCCGAGGAGGAUAAUUAUUCCCAGAGCCGGGAGCUCCUCCUGCAGGAGGUGAAGCUGUAGCCUUCUCUGGAGCCAAAUUCCAAGAAGUCCCCGAGGUCUGGCUCCCAGGGUGGGGGUGUGGUCCCAUACCUUGGCACCUUCUUGAAGGACCUUGUGAUGCUGGACGCAGCCUCCAAGGAUGAGCUGGAGAAUGGAUACAUCAGUUUUGACAAGCAGAGGAAGGAGUUUACUGUCCUUUCUGAGCUGAGGCAGCUCCAGAA